GGCUUCACAGAGAAUCAUGCUACAGCGACUCCUGCGGCCACAUAGCUGCCCGCGUGCAGCCUCAAUUGCAAAUGGCUGCCCUCGCAUCCAAUCUCGCGGCCUGCAUCGGGUGCCACAAUUGACCUACGAAAGCAGAUUCGCGCAAAACGGCGUUCCAGACCUGUUGUCGCCAGAAGCCUUUGAUUUAGCGUGGAUCCAGUACCAGAAGCAUCUGGUUGAUAAGUUGAAUUUACUGACGCAAGAUACUGUCGAUGCCGAUAUCGAUACUCUGACACUCGUGAAGAAAUAUGCCAAACGUCGCGAGAUGGCUCAUGUUUUCAACUACGCCUCGAUGGCUCACAACAACCACUUUUUCUUUAACCGUCUUGCUCCUGUCGAGGUGCCCAUGUCACCCCAAUUGAUGAGUGAUAUGAGUGACAGUGCAUCGUCCCCCGAGUCCUUGAAACAGGACUUUUUGGCUGCAGCCAGUGCCCAGUUUGGUCCAGGCUUUGUUUGGCUCGUCUCACAGGAGGAGGGCGGUCUCCUCAGAAUUCUUUCCACAUAUAACACCGGCACACCCUAUCCAGAAGCUUUUGCCCGUCAGCAAUCCGUUGAUAUGAACACCGAGCCACCUGCCCCAGCAUCCAAAAAGGGCUGGGGUUUCAAUAAUACCGGAGCCUCGCCUGUUCUCGCACCAGGAGGUCGGAUGGUGACGCCCCUUUUGUGUGUCAAUACUUGGGAACACGUUUGGUUGAUGAAUUAUGGUGUCGGUGGCAAGGACGAAUAUCUUGAGCGAUGGUGGAGUAGGGUUGAUUGGAAUGCUGUAGAGGAUGCACACAAAGGUUGCAAGGGAUACGACAUGUCUUCUAGAAAACGGAUUUUCUAGUCGUAUUUGCGUUUCCCUUUCAUGUACUAUAGAUAUAUUUGCAUCGGGCACUGGGGCACUCUCUUGUCAUAAUGUGACCAUAUAAACUCAUGUAUUAAUACUCG